AUGUCUUCUUCAUCCUCCCAGAUCUUCCUCCUCGGAGCGACCGGCAGAACAGGCCGACUGGUGCUGGCCGAAGCACUAUCGAGAAAUUACCACGUCACCGCCAUGGUCCGCAAAGCGAGCCACAAUCUGCCAGAACACGCCAACUUGACCAUCGGGGUCGGGGAUCCCACCUCGACGAAUGACGUGAAGUAUGCCCUGGGUCAAUGCAUACCAGACACGCCUGUGGUCAUCAUCAGCACACUGGGCCAGACUCGAACCUCAGGCAACCCAUUCGCCGCGACGACAUCACCCCCACGGUAUAUGGAAGCCUCGAUUCGCGCAGUGAUAUCUGCGACCGAAGAAAUGGGCAAGGAGUCUCCGUCCUUCUCGGUCCGCAAAUUGGUGGUCAUGUCCAUGUUCGGAGUGGGCGACUCGUUUGCCAAUCUGAAUUGCAUCAUGCGUGGCAUCAUGAAGUGGUCAAACAUGGCGCAAACGUUGGAGGAUCAGGACCUGGUUGGCGAGGUGGUCAAGGCAGCGCAACUGCCGUUUGUUUUGGUCCGGCCGGCAAUGCUCAAGGAAGGAAGCGUGGCACCUCUCAAAUUCUAUGAGAGUUCGGGAAAGGGCGCCGGGUUCAUGCCCAGCGUGACGGUGCACAGCGUGGCUCGGUUCCUGGUGGAUGUGGUGGCCACGAAUGAAUAUGACGGGACGGCACCUGUGAUCACAAAUUGA